UCAAUAUUGAAGCCAUAUCAAACGUUUCCACAUACUAUCUUUUGAUUCGCUGGGUCAACUCCAUAAGUAAGCAGAAUCUUCCAGGCUGAGGCUUUUAGAAUUACAAAACGGCCAUUUCCAUUUAAACAAGAGUGAAAUAAACACAUCGAUAACUGGCAGAUCCAUACUGCUUACUAAUACUAAAAAAUUUACUGAGAUGGCCGUUACUGCAGCUAAAAAAAAGCUCCGUCAAGAUAUCAGCAAUGCGUUAAAGAAGAUAACCACAGAAGAGAAAUUAAGACAAUCUAAGAAAGUUCACGAACGGUUAUUCAAUUUGGCAGAAUAUAAAAAAAGCACCAGAAUCUCGCUAUAUCUAAGUACAUCAGAUGAAAUAGACACUACGAAAAUAUUGAAGAAUAUUUUUGAAUUGAAAAAAUUAGCAUUUGUACCAAGAUAUAAUGGAAAAACAAUGGAAAUGGUCAGAGUCUCGUCGAUGGAGGAUUACGAGAGCUUACCAUUAACAAAGUGGAAUAUCAAACAGCCCACUGAUAACGAUGUGAGAGAAAAUGCUCUUGAAACUGGGGGGCUCGAUUUGGUGAUACUACCAGGUGUAGCUUUCUCCCUAGAUGGGAAACGCCUCGGUCAUGGUAUGGGAUACUAUGAUAAAUUUCUCCACUCCUGUAUGGAGAAAUCACAUCGGAUGCCAUACUUGAUAGGACUCGCAUUCAACGAGCAAAUUAAGGAAGAUAUACCAACGACAGAAGAGGACGUUAAUCUAAACUUAGUACUUACAGAACAUUACAAUUGAAAGAAAAAUAAUGUACAAGUUUUACACAAUUUCCAUGCACACCAGUUUAAAAAAUAAAUAUUGAUGUUUUUGAGAUAAGGAAUUUUUUAUCGAAUCCGUCCAUUUUGCGAAACAAAUACCAGUUUAAUAAAAUUUCAUGCAAUGUGAUUAGAGAUUAAUUUUACACAAAAUACCGAAUUCACAUAGGUUAAAAUAAUCACACAGUAUAUCUGUAACGAAUCUUGAUCAGAGCAAUAAAAUUGAUGUCAGAUAAGUCUA